AUGUCGUCCAUGUUCACGCUCCCCUCAAUUCGCCUCCCCAGCUUCGGCCUAGGCUCCAAGGGUCCGCGCGUCGAGCUUGCAUCCGUCGAAAUCCAUGAUGUCGAAACCGCGGCGGAAAAGCGUCCGCGGACGCUGAAGCACUUGCUCCGCGCAAACCAUGCCAACCACAGCAUUGUGUACAAGGACGGAAGGUGUCGGAACAAUACUGCUCACAUACUAGGUGCUGCCUACGUCCUCGGCGCAACUGCCGAGCACCUGAACGAGAUCUACGAUAGAGAAGCCGAGCAGCUCGAGCCCUGGCAAGAUGCGCCGUGCGAGAUCGCGAAGCAUGAUUGGCGCGACUUUCUGGGCAAGAGAGAGUACCAACGCGCCUUCGUCGACUUCUUUGAAGAUCAGUUGGUGCAGUAUAGCUAUGACUGGAAGAAGAUGCUGGAAGACUAUCUUUUCGGCGGCGAACAACCGCUGAUCAACAACUUCAUUGCUGGGUUCGGCCACCCGCUCAUUCACCUUGGGUACGCUUUCGAAUUGAAAUCGCGCACGCUGGCGAUUGAGGCGCUCGCAUUCAGCACCUGCUAUUACAACUUCAUGCACCGCUACCUCGACGAUGCCAAGUACACGCGCGCUCCCACCAACCCGACGACGUCCCUUGCCGAGAUUCUGAAGCGCGUUGCGGCGGACAAGCGCUUCGAUGGCUUAUUCGACAGUCCAGGAGGCGCAAAUAUCGAGACUUUGUUCGACCUGAAGGAAGAAGCCGUGCUGGAACACUGGAACAACUGGCAGAUCUAUGGUUACAACAGCGGCAGCAGCGGUAGUUCCAGCCCCACCGGAUCCACAAGCCCGACCAGCCCACGGGAGAAGAUCAGUUUCACGGAGCAGUUCCUUGAAGCGCAGAAGGUGGUGGUGGCAUUGCUCAUGGCAAAAAGCAGUGGUGACAGAAAGAGACGGUACGACUUCUAUGCCACGCAGCUGGUCACGACAAGCCACGCCGUACGAGUGCUGCUUCCUUUGAUUCCGACCAAAUUCCACAUUCCGUUGGUGAGGCAAUGGUGGCUCUUCGUGCUUGCCAUAUACAUUGCACAAAAGCGCCCCAAGGUUGACGUGGUGGCGUUCGAGAACGAAGACCUGGAAGAGGGCAGGGGGUGGAGCGACGUGCAGAGCUGCGCGCUCAAGGGACGUUUCUGCUUGGACGGAAACUACGUCAAAGCCAUCCGCGCCAUGCAAGACGCAGCGAAAACUUGGCCUGACGACAAGCGGUUCUUCUUGAAGGCAGCAGUGCGCUUUGCGACUGAAUUCGACGGAUGGGGAGGGUUCGGGCAAUUCGGCGACGAGGACGUGCGCCUCCACACGCGCACCCGCCAACCCAGCAUCGUCGGAGACCUAGGCGAGGACGCUUACCGCGCCGGCGGUGGCAGGAGGACCAGCAUCAUUGGCGACAGUGGUGUUGGAGGCAUAGCUGGCCCCGGCAGACGGACCAGCUGGGCGCCAACGCUCAGUGGAAGUGAGGGGAGUAGCCGAAGAAGCUCCUAG